AUUUGAUUCAAUUUAACAUACUUUGCAUUAAUCAUUUGGAUUACAACUAUUGCGCUUCACAACUCAAUGGUCCUCCAACGUCUUGUGCGCCACUCUGGACUUGAACAAAAUCAGAAUCGUUUCGGAGCGCCCCACUGCCAAAUAAGGCAAACGAUGCUUUUCGACUGGGACGCCUCCGACGCCGACUGAUGACUGAUACGCGGAGACGUCUGGAUAACCGAGGGGUGUGACGGCUGUCAGUGUGAUACCCAUUUACUGUUUAAACAGCCCGUUGUGAGCCAUAUUUCGGGAGAAGCACCGUUAGGCCGGAAGAUUCUAUUUGACAUUCGUGGGUCGGUCAGUGGACGAAAUGUCGUACUCCACGAAGUACACUUUUGCUACUUUGCCCCGAACUCAGAGAGGUCAGCCCAUUGUGUUGGGUGGAGACCCUAAAGGGAAGAACUUUCUUUACACUAAUGGGAACAGUGUGAUCAUCCGUAAUAUUGAUAAUCCUGCCAUAUCAGAUAUCUACACGGAACACUCAUGUGCCGUUAAUGUGGCCAAGUAUUCACCUAGUGGCUUCUACAUCGCAUCUGGAGAUCAAUCUGGCAAGAUAAGAAUUUGGGACACUGUGAACAAAGAGCAUCUUCUGAAGAACGAAUUUCAACCUAUUGCUGGUCCCAUCAAGGAUAUAAGUUGGUCACCUGACAGUCAGCGUAUGGUGGUUGUAGGAGAAGGCAGAGAAAGAUUUGGUCAUGUCUUUAUGGCUGAAACUGGAACCUCAGUCGGAGAAAUCUCAGGACAAUCCAAACCUAUCAACUCAGCUGAUUUCCGCCCUGCUCGCCCUUUCCGAAUUGUCACAGGCAGCGAAGACAAUACUAUUGCUGUCUUUGAAGGUCCACCAUUCAAGUUCAAGAUGACUAAACAGGAUCAUACCCGCUUUGUUCAAGCAGUGCGCUACUCCCCAACUGGAAGCCACUUUGCCUCUGGUGGAUUUGAUGGCAAAGUUUUCUUGUAUGAUGGAACAUCAGCAGAUUUAGUUGGUGAGAUUGGAUCUCCUGCACACAAAGGUGGUGUUUAUGCUGUGGCUUGGAGUCCUGAUGGUAAACAGUUGCUCACAGCAUCUGGAGAUAAAACCUGCAAGUUGUGGGAUGUGGAAACAAGAUCCAUGGUCACAGAAUUUCUGAUGGGCACACAGGUAGAGGAUCAACAGGUGUCAUGUCUGUGGCAAGGGGAGCACAUGUUGACAGUAUCCCUUAGUGGUUUCAUUGCUUAUUUGGAUCCUAAGAACCCAGAUAAACCAAUCAGAGUGAUCAAAGGCCAUAAUAAGCCUAUCACCGUGCUUGCCCUUAGUCCUGAGCGAGACACCAUUUACACAGGAUCACAUGAUGGUUAUGUGACAAACUGGAGUGCUAAAACAGGAGAAAAUGAUAGAAUUCAAGGAAAUGGCCAUGGAAACCAGAUCAAUGGCAUGUGCACUGUUGGCAAUCACGUUUAUACUUGUGGUAUUGAUGAUAGCGUGAAGCAAAUUGAUGCAACUUCUAAAAUGUACACUGGUGUUGAUAUGAAGCUUGCAUCUCAGCCCCGAGGCAUGGAUCUUAAAGGUGACACAAUUGUUGCAGCUUCUGUUAAGGAGAUUACAGUAUUGCAAAAUGGGAGCAAAGUAUCAAGCCUCCCUAUAAAUUUUGAAUCCUCGUGUGUCAGCUUGACUCCCAAGGACGGUGAAAGUUUUGUAGCUGUUGGUGGAGCCACAGACAACAAGGUCCAUAUCUAUGAACUUGUUGGUGGAUCUCUGAAUCCCAAGAUUGAACUAGACCACUUAGGUGGGGUGACAGACUGUGCCUUUUCUCCUGAUGGCAAUUACCUUGUUGCUUGCGAUUCUAAUCGUAAAGUCAUUCUCUACAAGGCUCCAGAGUUCCAGCUUGCUCACAACAAGGAAUGGGGUUUCCACAAUGCUCGAGUCAAUUGUGUUGCAUGGUCACCAAAUUCUCAACUUGUUGCUAGUGGUAGCUUGGACACCACCAUCAUCGUUUGGUCUGUUCAGCAACCAUCAAAACACAUCAUUAUUAAGAAUGCUCACCCUCAGAGUCAGAUUACCCGUUUGGCAUGGCUAGAUGAUGAGACUCUGGUUUCUGUUGGACAGGACUGCAACACAAAAGUUUGGAACAUUGUACCCUUUUAACUCUAUCCUAAUCAUUUCUGAUAAUCCGUACUAUGAUGACAGAUGUAUAUUUAUGAAUCUGUGAUGAGUCAUGUCAUAUAUCUCUAGCAUUCACUUCAAAUAUUUGCAAAAACAACAUUUUGCUGUGUCCACUUUCUCUUUUUAGAACUAUUUACAUGUCUGUUUUUAUUAUUGUAUGCCAGUUAUGCCAUACCUAUGUUGUGGAGUUGUAAGCAUUUCUGUGCAUAUUCAGUCACUGGCAUAAAAAUCUGUGAUCUAGAGGAAUAGCGCUGCAUUUUCUGUAGGUAAUGGUUAAAAUUGAAAAUUUGUUAAGAUCUAUUUAUUUAUGCCCUUCCAUUUGUAUCACCAUUAUGUCAUCAGGAAUUAUUAACUCUGUUUCAUUUGGAGAUUUUAUGAAUAUACCUCCUUAUUUUAUCUCAAUUUAAAUAGGGUCUGUAUAUGAAUUUGUUGGGAGAUCCUGAAACCCCAUUGGGGCAACAGUUUGUUUCCCUAAAUUUAGCAGUCUGUCUUUUUCUUUUUUAUUUCGCCUAUGUCCUUAUUUUGUGUUGCUCAAGAUAGCAGUUCAAGUUGGUCUGCUCAUGCAAUCAGUAUUUCUAUGCGGUUGUACAUUGUUAUAAUCAAUCUACAUCAUCUUUGCGGACAUUUUUGCUCGUACCAGCAUUUAUUCUUUUUCUCACCUUUUAAUGUGUUUGUUAAAAUCUAAUAAUGAAUUGUUUUCAUUUUAUAUAGUUGUGAUAUUUUAUUUUUUAGUUGCUUUCAUUGUAUGGUUUUAUCUUCUGUUUAACAAGAUGACUGUCACUUCCUUUAAUGCAGUUUUGGUGUCCUAUUAAAAGAAGAAAUAAAAGUUA